AUGAGGAAACACUAUGGUGGUUUCGAGAACGUUGGUGCCACGGUUGAUGAUUGUAAAAAUUUUAGGAAUCGAAUUAACAUCUAUAUAGGAGAAUAUGACGCUGACAUGGUGAUUAAUAGGAUGACCGAUAAAAAACAGUAUUUAGCUGAUUAUUCGUUUGAAUAUUCUGUUGAUGAUGACAAACGGUUAACUGGUUUGUUUUGGGCUGAUGGGUUAUGCAAGUUGAACUUUAUGGAGUUUGGGGAUGUGAUAUCAUUCGAUGCAACUUUCAAAACAAACAGGUACAAGAUGGUGUUUGUUCCGUUCACUGGCAUUGACAACCACUGUCGAAAUGUAACCCUUGGAGCUGGGUUGUUGUCAUCGGAGAGCAUUGAAUCCUAUAAAUGGCUUCUGAAUUCAUUCGUAAAGUCAUUUGGUCGGCAGCCAAAGGUUGUAGUGACGGACCAAGACCCUGCUAUGAAACAGGCUAUUGAGGAGGUUGGAUACGAGUUGUGCAAUAACGAUGAGUUUAAAAGGAGGAUGUGCGACAUUGUAUCGACUGAUUCCAUUCAGCCUGAAGAGUUCGAGAGACAGUGGAAGUUGGUGAUGAUUGAGUUCGGACUCACUGAAAACAAAUGGAAUGAUGAUAUGUUUUCGAUGAGAAACAUGUGGAUUCCGGCUUUUUACCGGCAUGAGCCCAUGUCUGGUCUCAUGCGAACAACUUCGAGAUCAGAGAGCGAGAAUCAUUUUUUUUUCCAGGUGUCAAAUUCACAACUCACUCUUGUAGAGUUUAUGAACCAUUUUGACGGUGCAAUGGAUGUCCAAAGGUUCAAUCAUAGAAAGAAUGAUCGUAUUUCAAGAUAUACUGAGCCUGCUGAUUGGACCGAAACUACUUUGGAAAAAGAUGCUGCUAAGAUAUACACCAGGUCUAUAUUCUUUGAUCAGCAAAUAGAGAUUCAUGGAACAAUUUUCGAAUGUCUGCCGAUGGACACCAAAAUCGAGGGUCAACAGAUCAGGAUAUUGUUGAAAGACUUUAAAGCCCAUGGAGAUGGUUUUUUGGAGAUACUGAAAGGCAAAAAACAAGGCAAACAGCAAAAGAAGAAGAUGAAGGGCGUCCAGAUUGGAAAAGAUCCCAGAGACAACGAGGCCGAAGACGAUGAAGAGGGAGAUGAGUUUGAAGAUUACAGUGGUAGUAGUGAUGAUGGAUCUGAAGAUGAAGAUCAGUGGGAGGAGGUUUCAGAAGAUGAUGAGGAAGAUUAA